GGCAGCUUCCGGUGAUUGUGACGCAUAGGGCUCGGCGGCUGACGCUCGGCUUUGACUGGUAACAUGGCGGACGGUGGGGAGCCGACUUCUUGCUGGUUCUUCACCCGGGAGCAGCUGGAAAGUAGCCCGUCUAGGCGCUGUGGGGUGGAAGCGGACAAGGAGCUUUCUUACCGGCAGCAGGCAGCCAAUCUUAUCCAAGACAUGGGUCAGCGGCUCAAUGUAUCACAGCUAACCAUCAACACUGCCAUUGUUUACAUGCACAGAUUUUAUAUGCAUCAUUCUUUUACCAAAUUUCACAGAAAUAUAAUGUCUCCUACUGCAUUGUUUUUGGCGGCCAAAGUGGAGGAACAGCCACGGAAACUUGAACAUGUGAUUAAAGUCUCACAUGCUUGUCUUAAUCCACCUGAUCAACUACUGGACACAAAAAGUGAUGUAAGGAGGCCAUGCCUAAAGACAGAUUCCUCCAGUAAAGUGGCUUACCUUCAACAAGCUCAAGAGCUAGUUAUACUCGAAACCAUAUUGCUACAAACUUUAGGUUUUGAGAUUACUAUUGAGCAUCCCCACACAGAUGUCGUGAAGUGCACCCAGUUAGUGAGAGCAAGCAAGGAUUUGGCACAGACUUCUUAUUUCAUGGCUACCAACAGCUUGCACCUUACUACCUUCUGUCUGCAAUACAAGCCAACAGUGAUAGCAUGUGUCUGCAUUCAUCUGGCCUGCAAGUGGUCCAACUGGGAGAUUCCCGUAUCAACAGAUGGAAAGCAUUGGUGGGAAUAUGUGGACCAGUCAGUGACAUUGGAGCUACUAGAUGAACUCACCCAUGAAUUUCUUCAAAUACUGGAAAAAACACCUAGUAGAUUAAAGAGAAUUCGAAACUGGAGGGCUAACCAAGCAGCACGGAAACCAAAGUCAGACGGUCAACUUGAUAAUUCUCUCCUUAGUUCAUCAUUGGUCCAAAAUUCGAUUUUGGUGGAUCCUGUUGCUAGCAUUGCAGCAAAUGCAAGUUUUCCAAAGGCAUCAACUUCUGCUUUUCCUGCACCAGUAGCAUUGAACUCAGGAAGUCUGCCUAUUCAGACUGCUCAUAACCCUGAGGAUAUGGCAAUACUGAGUACAGCCAUUACAAGUUCUUCAUACAGUAUAGCAUCACACCAUGAAUGGCCUCAGCAUCAAGAGCAAACUAGGACCGAACAAGUCUAUAGCCAGAAACCGGACACAGCCCUACCUGUUGCACAAUACAACUUGAACUAUCAACCAGGAACCGCUGUACAGCUCCAUUCUGGAUUACAUCAUAGACCUGACAAAGCUGAGCAUUCUCUUGUGAAACCAGAACAUGGCCACAAGUCAUCAAGUGGUAAACACCAUGGACAAAUGUACUCCCAAUCAUUGGCUAUUUCUCACAAAAUGUCUUUGGAUAAGUAUAGGGAGAAGCGAAAACUUGAAACUGUAGAAUUGGAUGCAAGAGAUCCUUAUGCACCAGCCCAUUUAGAGCAAGCACCGCAUAAGAAGCACACACAAACAGCCAGUGGCAGUCUAACGUCUCCCAUUAAAAUGAAACUUCCUCUCACAAGUACAGAAAAGGCUGAAAAACACUUGUCUGAGAAAAAAGAAAAAGGUGUAUCGCUUAAAUUGCGGAUACCUAUUCCGCCUACUGAGCGAAGCUCCACUAAAGAAGACUUAAAAAUGAAAAUUAAAGUAGCUUCCACAGACAGACACAGCUCUUCUGAUGAGGGCAGUGGGAAGAGUAAACACUCAAGUCCGCACAUGAACAAAGAACCUAAAGAAAAGCACAAAGAUCAUUCUUCCAAUCGACACCACAGUAGCAGCCACAAGCAUUCCCAUUCGCAUGGUUUCAGCAGUGGGAAUAGCAAUAAUAGCAAUAAACUUAACAUGGAUGGAAUGCCAACAUCUGUUUUGAGGAGUCCCGUUGGCCUUUCCAACGAUGGUAGUAACUCCAGCUCUUCAAGAAAGAGGCCACAUUCCAACGAUGCCUCUUACAACCACCACUCCAAAAUGAGCAAAAGUUCCAAAAGUUCAGGUAGUUCAUCUAGUUCUUCCUCUGUUAAGCAGUAUAUAUCCUCUCACAACGCUGUUCUUAACCAUCCCUUACCCCCUCCCCCCCCUGUCACAUACCAGGUGGGCUACGGUCAUCUCAGCACCCUCGUGAAACUGGACAAGAAGCCAGUGGAGAACAACGGCCCUGAUGCCGGUCACGAGUACAGUGCAAACAGCCAGCAUAUGGACUACAAAGAUACAUUCGACAUGCUUGAUUCGCUGUUAAGUGCCCAAGGAAUGAAUAUGUGAUUAACUCUUUAACUCUUUUUGUCUUUUAUUUUUAGAAAAAUUUUCUUUUUAAUUUAAAAAAAUAUAUAUAUAUUAUGGGAAAACUUCCUGAUCUUAUAUUGGUAACAUCUGUUGCCACAUUUUCAAUACAUUUAUAAGUGCUGCUUUUACCCUUCGCUCGAAAGAGAAGAGGUUAUAGUAAAAUGUCUAUCUCCACACAAUAGUAUUAUAAUACUGUAAUAGCAUGGAAGGUGCAAAAACUCAGUAUUUCUUCAAUUCUAAGAACAUAAGAAUGGGUGGCUGCUUCUAAGCCUAUAGAGUACUUCAAGCAUAGCUUAUUUAUAAUUUUGGAGUAGUGCAGUCAACAUUUUUUGUCACUUAGGCUUUUGAACGAGUGUACAUUUUUUGUAUAUUUAAACUGUAUGUAUGAUAUGCAUGUUUUGAAGAUAAAGGGAUAAAGAGUAUACAGAAAACUGUUUACAAGAAAGUGGAGAAAAAAAUGUACAUACAUUUUUGUAUGUUUAGAUAUAACCAUACAAUACUCAGGUUUGGAGCUGCUUGUAAGAAUAACAAGAUAUACAGAUUAAUUUUAUUUUAUCUAGUCAAAGUCCAUCAGAAUACUAAACAUUGGUGGCUCUUUGUCAUGUUUCAAAAUAUCCUUUCAAUGCUUCACAGGCCUGCAAAUGUUUGUUGCUGGCCUUUGUGGCACUGGAACGGUUAAACUGUAGGCCUUACUGUGAUCUGCUGAACAGGACACCACUACAAGGACAUUUAAUGCCAUGAAGCCACGGUAUGUCCACUAUCAAAAGGGGGGCAAUAAAGGAGUUUGCCUUGUUUUACCAAGGUGACCCAAAUAACUGGCUCUUAGUUGAUCCUGAAGGUUGAGGAAUAAACAGAAAAAUAAAGUUUACAUAAUCUUUUGCUGUGAAGUGCAUUUAAGUGUUUAUUGGCUUGAUGCAGUAAUAGAGACACAGAGCUACUACUUAAUAAUGGUAAUUUAGAUUAAUGUAAUUUAAAAAAACUGAAAUUUGUAGUUUAAAAAAAAAAAAAAACUUACAUAGUGAACUAUUCGUAAGUUGAUCCUUUGUGUUUUUUUUCUUUCUCUUUUAUAUAAAUAUAUAUAUAUAUAUUAAAACACCAGAAGUUAUUUUUAAUAGCUUAAGGGGAUCACUGUUUCUAUUAAUGCUUCAGAAUAAGUCUCGUUCUGAAUUCCAAAACUGUAUUUGUUUUGCAAUAUUUCUUUUCCAAGUAAAAUGCAGUCAAUAAGAGUUAAAAUAUUGAUACCCCAAUUUAUAAUUUUAUUCCAAUGAUAACAUAGUUAUCACUGAUGUGCAUUGUACUUGUGAUUUUAGGUUAUGAAAUCAGAGGUUUCUUGUUUUGUUUAUCAAAAGCUCUGUGAAAGUUGAAAAAUUAAACCACUCCUAUACGUUUUAACUUUGUCUGCUAGUGUCAUCAUAUUGCUUGUAAAUGGUAUGUGCAGUCUUUUUUUUUUUUUGUUUAACAUAACUAGUGUUUUAUAUUAGUCUUUUAUUGCAUCCCAAAAUGCUCAUGCAUAGUCUCCAUAAUGAGUCAGAUAAUACUGUAACUGUAAUCAAUGCUGACAUUAGACUUUAAAAUAAAGGGUUAUUCUAUUUA